CCAUAUAUAAAACGUUCUAUAUCGUUAUCAUGAAGACGCACUAUCAGUGUACGUUUAACCUUCUUCGACAUAUGAAGUGUUUAGUUUUAUUUUGAAUUUGAAUCACUAAUGGAAGGACGGAAGGAAAAUAUCCACAAAAAUCCGUUUAGACUGGUUCUCAUCCUGCUCGCACUUCAACAGUGGUAUGUUGGAACUACUAAAGCUUUUCUACUGACCGGAACUUGUCCGGUACGACAACCUUGCCAAUGCGGCGGUGAAACGAUUGAUUGCUCCGGAAUGGGCCUGAUAACUAUACCACAUUUCUACCAAACAACUUUACAAGCUCCCUUCAUCAGAAUUUCACUUGCAUCUAAUUUUCUGGGAACGAUUCCUGCAAAUUCUCUCCAAAAUCUUGCAUCUUUAAAAGGGUCAUUUAUUUAUCUCGAUUUAAAUAACAAUCUUAUUUUGUAUAUCGACGAUAACGCAUUCAGUGGAAUAGAGAAUAUGAUUGGUUCUCUAGAUUUGAAUGAUAAUGUCCUUCAAACGCUACCUAAGGCUUUGGCAAAACUCCAAUCACUGCAGUUUUUAUUUAUCCUCGGUAAUCCUCUAUCGUCGCUGGACGCAACAGUUAUAAGCAGAAUAUCAGGAUCUCUGAAAAGGUUUGAAUUUUCAGGACGUGAUUUCGACCAAUUUCCUACUGAAAUAAAUCUCCUUACUUCUCUAGAUCGCCUGAUGAUCGAUGGCACCAACGUUCCAAUCAAUGAUAAUGCAUUCGAUGGACUCAAACAAACGUUAAAGACAUUAGAGUUCCGUAGCUCUAUGCUCCCGGCAGCUGUCUGCAAGUUACAAGUCCUUGAACAUCUCAUAUGGAAAGAAGGAGGUGAAGGUGACGAUGUUUCAUUCAACGAGAAAAGGGUUUCAGUCUAUGCUGCAGAAGAGUCUGGUGAUUCUAACAAAAGAUUCCUCCAGUGUAACAACACAAUGCCAUCAGUUACACAUCUCACCAUCAUUGAAAACGAUGCACUUCUGGGAGAUAUAUUUACAGUUUUUCCGUCCCUUCUAUAUCUCCGUAUGGAACAAAACUAUUUGAGAUUCAUUGACAACAGGUAUAUACCCAUUGAUGCUAUGUUGCAGACUUUGUACUUAGAUAGCAGCGGCUUCUCAAAUAUCCCUGGUGCCCUCAACGUGCUAGUCAAUCUGAAACAAUUAUCUCUUGCUGACAAUAGAAUCGAAGCCAUCACUUCCUACGAUGUUACCGGUCUUACACGGUUAGAGAUACUAGACUUGACUGGUAACCCACUGAGGUACAUCGCCACAGAUUCUUUUGCAAGAAAUGUCAAUCUACAUGUUUUAAUCUUGGAUAACACAAACUUAGCAGCUAUACCAGCCGCGGUAACCUCUCUACCUUCGCUGUCCACUCUCCACUUAAACAAUAUAUACACUCUGGACUGUGACUGCUCUACAUUGUCAAAUGUAACAUCUUGGAACGUAGAUGCUAUCACAUUCCCAAGUUCCUGCUAUCAGAAUGCCAAUACCACAAUAAAAGCAUUCAUAAAAGAUGCAGUACCAAAGUGCCCAUAACGUUGAUUAGAAGUCUUUUUUUUGUGAAAUGCGGCUGCGCCAGUUGGAUACUCAUCCAUAUUUUAGCUGUACUGAUCUUGAUUAUUGUUUUUGAACAUUUCUCAUGUUGUACACAGAAGAAUGGAACAUAUAUACUAGUAAUCUUUUUUUCAAAUGAUGCAAAAGUUCAAAUUCAUUGUAAUUAAUUCUUUCUGUGAGCAGACAAUAAAAAGAGUUUAUGUUGAUUUCAGUUUACGCAAUGAUCAUACAAUAUGAAUAAAGGUUAACAGUAAUAUAAAGACAGUCCUGCGACAAAUUGUAUCAGAAAUCACACUUCAAGCAAUUUUCCAACUGUAUUUGUUUAAUCAUAAAACAUGUCACUCGGCUAUUUUUGGGGUACACCGCAUCUCUGGUGUUUAGUCAUUUUACCUAUAACUGUGUCUGUGCGACGUUAAACCCAACCAAAAAAAUACAUUUGAACGCUACGUUUUACACUUUUUUAAUGUGUCUAAAGACUCCAUGAUAGGUAUAGCAGUUUACAAGAAGAUCCUUUGGAGCCACAGAAUGUAAAUAAACAAACAAGUGUUCAUGAAAUUUGUAAAACUUUAUGUCACCUCCGGCUUCGGUUUAAGCGGAUCCCUAUCAUACACAAACAUUGAAUGGUCUUCAUGAUAUCAAGGAUCAGAAAAUUACAUAAGUGUUUUACUCAGCCGACUGAACUUGAUCGUGACACCAAGAGAAGUACGUAUAGACAUUUUAC